AUGACGACCGAAGAGGACUUCGAGAUUGACAUCUACGGCGAUGCCAACGGCGACGAUGGCGGCAACAGGCAAGACAACUUUGCUGGUGACGACCAGGACCACAACCAGGCCACCACCAACCAAGGCCAAGGCCCCGACUACGAAGACCAGAGCCACAACCAGGAUGACCAGAACCAGGUCGAUCGCGCACAGGACUCUUCCAAAACAGAAAACCAGUCGCCGCCUGGGCCGACACAAGGCGUGAAGCGGAAAGGAAGCUCAGAUGAUCGUCCGAUAGAUCCGGGUGCCACGACGGCCAUUAUGGUUUCAGAGCUCAACUGGUGGAUCACCGACGACGACAUUCGCGGUUGGAUUGCAGCAGUAAAGUGCGAAGAAGAGCUUAAGGACAUUACGUUCAGCGAACACAAGGUCAACGGCAAAAGCAAAGGGCAGGCCUACGUCGAGUUUUCGUCACAACAGGCCGCAACGGCCACCAAGCACCGGAUUGAGUCACAAGCGACCGGCGAGUACCAGGCAGGACAGAAGAAGCAUAGUGUCAUCUUCUCGUCACCAGCCAUUAACCCUUUCCGGACUCUGCCCAAGGACACCCCUGGCCGCGGCGGCGCACACAAUUUACAAAAUCGAAAUGUGUCCAGCUCAGGCUACCAGGACCGGUCCGGCGGCAACAACAACUACAACAAUUACAACAAUAACAGUGGCGGCAGCUUCCGUGGCCGUGGCGGCGGCAAUAUGUACAACAACCGUGGCGGCAUGAACAAUCAGGGGGGGUUCAACCGGAACUUUAGCGGCGGCAAUAUGAAUUCGUUCAACAACAACAACAAUGCCGGGCCAAUGAACUUUGGCGGCAACCCCAUGGGGGGCGGCGGCUUCAACGGCAACUUCCGUGGCAAUAUGGGCGGUGGCAUGCGCGGUGGCCCAGGAGGCAUGCGCGGCGGCCGUGGCGGUCCAAUGGGUGGAAUGAUGGGCGGUAUGGGCCCGGCCAUGGGUAGCAUGGGCGGCAUGAACCCCAUGGGCAACAUGCCCGGCGGUAUGGGAGGCAUGAAUCCCAUGGGCGGUAUGGGUGGUAUGGGUGGUAUGGGUAUGGUCGGUGGCGGGAUGCCGAACUUCCAAGGCAUGCAUCCGAACUUUACACCCAACUUCUUUGGUGGCGGCGGCGGUGCUGGCGGUGCCGGGGGCGGCAUGAUUGGCAACCAGGGUGGCGGCAACCAGGGCGGUGGGGAGUGGCAGAACCCACACGGCACAAAGCGGCAACGCCCCGAAUGA